CUAAGGAAGUGCGCACUUUUCUGAAGCCGUGUAGUUUGGGCCACAUUUGUACCUGGGUGUAGGUAACUGGGACAAAACCAGAAGUUUACAUUGUGUGUUAUAUGCAGUGCAGAUAAGCGACUUUUCUGACACCCUGCGGUCUGACAAUGGGAGCAAACAACAGUACCCGCCGUGUGUCAUUCGAGUCAGACGAGAACGACAAUAUAACAGUGGUGAAGGGCAUACGGCUUUCUGAAAAUGUGAUCAAGCGCAUGAAAGAACCCACCUCUCCUCCAAAACAGCAGCAACGUACUCCCACUUCAGCACCUCCAAAGGCAACGAAUCUCAUUCCAUCUCCUCUACUCCGACCUGUUCCUCCUCUCGCUGACCUUGCCACCUCCUUACCUCCUCCACCUCCUUUCGUAGAACCUGUAGCACCUCCAGUUCCAUCUGCUACAGAGUCUGUGGCCACGCCUCCUCCUAAGCCUCCCACACAACAGGUAGCAGAGAACACCAAAGCUGACUUGGUGCUUUCUCAUUCAUCUCCCUCAGUUUCUGCUAACGCUGUUGGUGCUUCUGUUCUUGAGCCUUUAACAACCCUUCCUGCACCCACUCCUGCUCACACAGAACAGUUCACUCCUGCUUCCUGCCAUGCUUCAGAUUUGGUGGAAACUGUAACUCCUCUUGCACCUCCUCCCUUAACUCAAUCCAUUGCUUCUCCUCCCUCAGUAAUCAAACCCAUUGCUCCUUCUAAUGCUGUUGAGCCUCUUCCUUCACACGUCCCUAAGUCGGAAUCUCCCUCUUCCCCUCCUAUUUUCAAACCUAUCACCAUCCUGCCAGCAUACUUGCUUCCUUCAGGGGACUCUUUGCCUCUGCAGUCUGCUGAAUCUUUACCUUCAGCUCCCCUGCCUGAGUUUACUGCUUCUUGUGAACCAGUUGCACCUCCUCCCCAGCUCACAGCGGAACCAUUAUCACCUGCUCCAGCCCCUGAGUCAGUGGCAGUGCCUCAGUCAAGUCCAGUUUCGCCACCUGCUGUGCCACCAGCAGUGAAUGAAGAGGCCCUGAGGAAGAAGAUCACUGAUGAGCUGUAUAAAGACUUGGCGCAAAAGAGGGCCGAAGCAGAGCAAGACAUGCAAGCAUGGUACGAUGCAGAGAAGGCCCGGGCAUCAGCGCAGGCUCAAGCUGAUGCUCAGUCCAAAGUCCAGGAUGAAAUAUCCAGGAUCCUGUCUGUGGAGCGAGCCUUCACCCAAGAGAGCCUCCAGCAAGCGAUCAUUAGGGAGAGGAUCAGCAGUGAAGAUGAGAAGCUUCGUGCUCAGCUACUCGAAUUUGAGCAGAAGGCCAAGCAACUGGAGGCCAAGGAAGCAGAUUUGAAGAAACAGGAUGCUUUUUACAGAGAGCAGGUGGCUCGACUAGAAGAAAGGAGUGUGCAGUUCUACAAGGUCAACAAAGAGAACUAUCAUAAAGCAGUCGACCAAGUAAAUGCCAAAUUCAAGAGGUACGAAGUGCAUCCAGUGUGUGGAGACCUUCAGGGCCAGAUUCUAAGCUGCUACAAAGACAACACAGGAAAAACUCUGAAUUGCUCCAACAUAGCAGCUCUUUACCUGCAGUGUGUUAACAAUGCCAAACAGAAUGACCAACGUGUGCAUGCAUCUUCAUGGAACAGUAACAUAACAAGUUGAGGACUGGGGGAUAAGAAUGAAGGAGGAAGAAGGGGGAGCAAUUCUGAGUAUAUUGGGAGAUUAUAAACGGAUUGGAUGACAAACUAGAGUGGAGAAGAAGAGGAAUGAGUCAGCACCAAGACGCGCACCUUCAGAACCCAGUGGAGCACCGAACCAAACUAGAGUCACCGAACACAACACCCCGAGAGAGAAAGAGAGAUGCAGACAAUAGUUUCUACCUCCUUUCCUCUUUUUCCCUUGCUUGAACUCUCCUGUGAGUACGGCAGCGAGGCAGUGAUGCUGUGUGGAUGUUUUGGCCGGGAGAACCACAUGGCACAACACAAGCCGGGCCGUCGUUUUACCGUAAACUGUUCCAACACCUCCAGUAAGCCAGCCAUCCUGAUCACGAUCACAACCCGUCUCCUCUCACCUGGACAGUUAGAAAAACAAGCAAUCAUGAUAGUAAACGUCAGUCCUACUUUGUUCUCCAUUAUUUAUUGUUUCCCUGCUCCUCGUGCACUAUAAUGUACCCAAAUAAACAUCUAAGUGUUUGUUGCUACUCUGCAUUUGUUUUGUUUGACCUUUGUGGUGACAUUCAUGUUAGUAUCUGCGUUGAGCUUUUGCAAACAGCACUUGUUUGUUUGGAGGAAAUAAAAGCAAACCUCUACUGUC